ACCAGCUUUACUAAAUGAACCUGUGUUAUUGUUAUGUACUUUAGACAACUGUAAUUGGUUAAAUAUUUUGAGGAGCUGCGCAAUGUGCGAAUCGGACUUUUCUUGCAACGCAGAUCCAAAUGCGAUGGGCUUUCUUGGACAGCAACCCUGUUUCCGCGGGGAGAAUCAAAACCAGAUGAUGUAGUUAACUACACAGCCAAACAGUAAGAACAGUGACAGUUGUGUGCUUUAAGAUGACGUUGCAGAUCAAGUUAGACACGGAGAGAGAAACGUAUUCUCCUGGUUCGCUAAUUAAGGGUGAUUUGGUGGUGAAUGUCGAAGAAGAAACCAAGGUGGAAUCUAUAAAGGUUAGCCUUGAAGGGGUGGCUACGUCCAUAAUUGUCCAACAGGUUGAUUGGAAUCGUCGAGAAACUGUUGAGGAGCAUAAGUUCAUACAGUUGGACCAAUACAUGCUGGAGAAGCGAUUGGAUGGUCAUAGGUAUCAGCUACAUAGGGCAAUUGACACCUUCCCCUUUAUGUUCAACCUCCCACAUGACACAACGUGCGCCAGUAGGCUUAUUGACGAUCAACAAACGCUCAUUGGGCUGAGCAGCGCAUCCCAGAGUGACGAUAUCUGUGAUGCACUCUCUCUAGUGCCUGUUCUAACCACUGAGCAUUUAUCCAGGGAGCAUACAGAGAGUCUAUUACCGGCCACGUUCCAUUAUCGCAAUUACCAGAACGGGAACUCCUUUGACGUCGAAUACACCAUAAAGGUUGUGGUGAAGUUUUCCCAAAGCCUCAAGGCAUUCACGGUGGCAUUCCCAUUCAAAGUCGAGCCCAUAGAGGUGCAAAUCCCCGUUGACGAGGAUCACGCUGUUCGAGUUUGCAGCGAUCUGUUGAAAUUUGGGCACGGUUUACUUCAUAGAUCCGAGCCAGAUGUUCCCUUCCACAUCGUGGCACAAUUCCCGAGCAUCUUACACAGGGAGUUCGAAGUCAGGAUAUUUGUCGUCUUCCCGAGAGAGAUACGCAGUCUCAGUGGAGUUGUCUUGAAAGAUCUCACGAUAAAGUUGAAGAGCGCACUAAGCAUGAGGGCGCAGGGCGUCUAUACGCUCGAGAAGAAGAAAAUGGUGUUAUUUGAAAAAACCAUAGCAUUGGAGGAAUGUCAACUGAUCACGACACCAGACGAGGGAUCCUCGCAGAGACGGAAGGCGCUUGGAUCACUAAACGGCCAGUAUAUCGAGUUCGCAACCAAGGUCAGAGGCAUUCCAUCCACUACACAGGAUUUUAAAGUGUGUAACGGCGUCCUAGGACAUCGGUUGAGCAUCCAGGGUAGAUUGGGGGUGAAGAAAUCGAUGAAGCAAAGCUUCAAGUUGGAAGAGAACGUGUGUAUCCUAUAGAAAGAACACACGGUUAACUGGACAUUGACUUGUAGGAAGCACCACAGGAGCUAUUCGAUUAGAUAACUAAAGCUGGCCAUUUUGGACUUCUGAAACAGCUGUGUGUUUUGUUGAGAGAACGGAAAAAACAUUUAGGCCUGUCAACUGAUGACACAAAACAACGGCUGCAACCGCAGAAAGUAUAAUUUCUUUUGGAAAAAGCCGGCAAGCCAAAAAAUACUAAAACCUCCGGGAAUCGGGUUUGUCAAAACAUCCAGACAUCAC